UCUGGCUCUGCCCGGUGGUCUCCCAUCCCUGGCGCGCGUCCAGCUCCCGUCCUCCGCCUCCGGCGGGCCUGCCUCCCGCCCCGAGGAGGGAGGCGGGCUCCUCCCGCGGCCAGGCCAGGCGAGGCGAGGCGCCGGCAGUGGGGCUCCAGGAUGGCCAGCGCGGGGCUGCAGCUGACCGGCUACUUCUUGGCGCUGGCCGGCUGGGCGGCCGCCAUCUGCGCCCUGGUGCUGCCCCAGUGGAAGCAGAGCUCGUACGCGGGGGACGCCAUCAUCACGGCCGUGGGUCUUUACGAGGGGCUGUGGAUGAGCUGCGCCGCGCAAAGCACCGGGCAGGUGCAAUGCAAGCUGCACGAGUCGCUGCUCUCGCUGGACGUUCACAUCCAGACAUCUCGUGCCCUGAUGGUGGUCUCCAUUCUCCUGGGCUUUGUGGGGACGGUUGUCAGCGUGACCGGCAUGAAGUGUACCAAAGUGGGAGACCAGAAUCCCGUGGCUAAAAGCUGGAUUGCCGUCUUGGGAGGCGUCCUUUUCCUCUUGGCUGGGCUGUGUACAGCCGGGGCCGUUUCGUGGUAUGCCUCACGCGUGACCUACGAUUUCUUCAACCCCGGCACCCCCCUGAACGCCAAGUACGAAUUCGGACCCGCUCUGUUUGUGGGCUGGGCGGCCGCCAGUUUGCUGAUCCUGGGGGGCAGUUUCCUCUCUUGCUCCUGCCCCAAACCGGAGGAAAGGCGGGAGCAGCAGUAUUACCGCCAGUCGCAACCUUCGGCAGCCACGACAACGAGAGAGCCCCCCAUCAAAAGGGGCAACCAGUGCGUAUAACACCUUCCGAUGUGUGAAGCCCAAGAAGGCGGUAGUAAAGAUCUUAAAAUAAUUUUAAACUUAAAAUUAGUUUUCCAACAUUCAGGGUGUCUUUUUUUGUGGGGGGGGGCAGAAGCGAAAGGCAGAAAAGGAAACUGCCGUUUUUGUUAGAAUAAAACCGCUUUUUAACUUUUAUGUGUGUGCGUGCCCCAUUUGAUGAGAUCAUGUUCUACUUUUUUUAAAAAAUAAAUAAGUCAAUAAAUUCUUGUAUUCGGUC